CAUUAUCUAUGUUUAAGACUUUCAGAAGAAUCGGACAUCUGAAGUAAAGCCAUACUUAUAAUCAUACUUGGACACAAAGCAGGGAGGGAUUCCUUGGUGCUGGACAUUGCCUGGUCAUUACGUGGUCAUCGGUGUUGGACACACAGUACCUAGACUACGUACGGUUGUGAUGGUUUGUGUGACAUAUUUAUUAUGACAUUUUUCAUUGUGUAUGGUUAAUAGACUGUGAAUUGAUGAUGAAAUUUGUAUUUGUUUAAUUAAAUACUGUCACAAACAUAAACACCAUCUCCUGACAACAGAAAUCGGACAGGCGUUUGGAAAUUAUUCCAAUAUGAACACCACUGCUUACUCUCCAUACCAGUUCUCCCACGGAUUCUGGCCCUUCUCCGGGUGUAAUGUGAAACCUUUGGAGCUCCCGAUUCAUCCAGCAUUUAUACAUACUCCAUAUCCGAACUUUAAUACGCAAUGCGGAAACCCGGACGUGUCGCCGGGCACGAUAGUCCGGAAUAAAUCCGACUCGUUUACUAUAGACGCUAUCCUGAGUCGUGAUAGAGUGGAUGAGAUCCAACAUUCUCCGGACGGAAAAUCUGGACAAUACUCUCCGGAAAAUCGCCACGUAAAUAAAGACAGUUCAUCAACGUCUCGGAGACACGCGCGACUCCAUGAAAACUCUCAUCCGUAUAGGUCACCGAACGACAGAAAUGUAGCAACCUCAACAUCGAAUCCGAUCAAGAAACAGUCGAGCAGCAAUCCGGGUAAAGACAAAACAGAUGCUACCUUAAAGGAGUCGAAUCUAAAAACGGACUGGAAAACGGGAAAGGGCAAACGUAUCCGAACCAUAUUUACACCGGACCAACUGGAGAGAAUGGAGGCUGAGUUUGAGAAACAACAGUACAUGGUCGGCACGGAACGGUACUAUUUGGCGUGCUCGCUUAGUCUGACGGAAGCCCAGGUCAAGGUGUGGUUCCAGAAUAGACGGAUAAAAUGGAGGAAGAUGAACUUGGAAAAACAACAAGCUAAGUUAGCGUCCUUUGACUUAUUUCGAGGAGUGGACGUUGAGACAGACUCAAUCGCCAGCGACGAUGAUGACAACGGGCCUCCUCGGUAGUCAAUGACCUACGCGAACUUUGACCUAUGAUACUUUCAAAUAGUGGUACAUUGAUGAUGACCUCUGACCCCUACAGAUGGUUUGUAGUCGCCAGCAGCGACCUACCAAGGUUACCAUGGCUACUAUUGCCAUGACUACUAGUUCGGCAAUUAAAUAGUCUAGCACCUUCAGCACAAAAAGGUGACCACACGGAAAUACAAGUAUUGUGUUGUAACAUGACGUGUUGAUGUUACAUAUACAUUCAUGUAAAUAUGAAUCCAUUGUAAUAAUCGUGACAUUGAUUAAGACAGUAGUGUACGUUAUAAUCAAGCAAGCGAUCUCUACAGGACUCGCGUUCAAGUCCUCUACAUGGUCUGGGAUUUUGGGCUGGAUUUGAAUCUGUAAUGAAUACGUGUGUGUGUGUGUGUGUGUGUGUGUGCUUGAAUGGAACUAUGAUGCGACUUCUUAAUUACCGCAUAGUGCUGCAAAAUAUGUAGAAAACUGUGAAUGGUUGAUGUUUAUUUUGUAACAAUUAUCUGAACAUAUUGUAAUUAUAUUUAUAAAAUGAU